UAUGGUGCAGCGGAAUGACGCUAAGUUGUCGUUCGUAUCCACGGAUCGAUUUGCUGCCGCGAGCACGAGUCAGUUUCCCAAGCUUCUCCGUCGAACUCCGUCAAUUCCGGCAUACAAUCUUUUUCUCUACACCACACAGAUUCGAAAAUGAGCGAGAAGGUGGCCGAGGCAGAAAUGAGCGAGAAGGCGGCGGACCUGCAGUCGGCGUUGCCGACGACGACGGCGCGGUUGUUCACUACUCUCGGCCUCGUCACGGCUUGGUACUCUUCCAACAUCGCGGUGCUGCUCUUCAACAAAUACCUUCUGAGCAGCUACGGGUUCAUGUACCCCAUCUUUCUCACCAUGUGCCACAUGGUGGCCUGCUCCGUCCUCAGCUUCGUCGCGAUUCCCUGGCUGAAGCUCGUGCCGGUGCAGUCCGUCCGGUCGAGGGCCCAGUUCCUGAAGAUCUCCGCGCUUAGCCUCGUGUUCUGUGGGUCCGUGGUCAGCGGCAAUGUCUCCCUCCGUUACCUCCCGGUCUCGUUCAACCAGGCGGUCGGAGCCACCACGCCCUUCUUCACCGCCGUGUUUGCGUGCAUUAUGACUCCCCGCCGGGAAUCCUGGAUCACCUACGCUACCCUCGUACCUGUGGUUGCGGGCGUCAUUGUCGCCAGUGGGGCGGAGCCAAGUUUUCAUUUGAUCGGUUUCAUUGUGUGCAUCGGUGCUACUGCUGCUAGGGCUUUCAAGACAGUGUUACAAGGAAUUUUGAUGUCCUCAGAGGAGGAAAAAUUGAGCUCCAUGAAUCUCCUUCUGUACAUGGCUCCAAUAGCAGUAAUUCUAAUACUUCCUGCAAUAAUGAUAAUGGAGAAGAAUGUGAUCAGCGUAACGCUGGCACUGGUUAGAGAGGACUUCAAGUUUGCCUUGUACCUCCUCUUCAACUCUUCUUUGGCAUAUUUUGUGAACUUAACCAAUUUCUUGGUCACAAAAUAUACCAGUGCCUUGACUCACCAGGUUCUGGGAAAUGCCAAGGGUGCAGUGGCAGUUGGCAUUUCGAUUCUGAUAUUUAGGAAUCCUGUAUCUUUGACUGGGAUGGCUGGCUACGGCCUCACAGUUCUUGGUGUCGUCCUCUACAGUGAAUCUAAAAGGCGCAACAAAUGCGGUAAUGUUCCAACCCUGCCUCUUCCAAUAUCCAUUGACUCACCUAAAUCGAACAUGAUAAUAGAGGAAAAGGUUGGAGCCAGAGAUCAGCAGUGAUAGAGAUAGAAGAAAUCAUUUUGUCACAUUUUGCAUUGUUUACUUUUGUAAACCAAAAAAUGUUGGUGCUACGCUCUGCUUUUGUUGGUUCUUGCUCGAAAGAACAGCCGAAUGCAUUAACCAAAGCAAAGUGCUACUGUAACAUUCAAUUCAAUUCAAUUCAAUCUGUAUGACGUUGGAAAUUCA